CAAUUUAAUGUGUACUUAAUUGGUAAACAAAACCUCAAAACAAGCUUCAGUGCGGACGAACGGCUUCAUUUUCAGCCACAACUAACUAUUUAACAAAUUAAAUUCUUUAAAACCUCUUGCUACACGUAUAAAGAUGCCGAAAUACUACUGUGAUUAUUGCGAUACGUAUCUUACGCACGAUUCGCCCAGCGUCCGAAAAACUCACUGCACCGGCCGAAAACACAAGGACAACGUUAAAUUUUACUACCAAAAGUGGAUGGAAGAACAGGCCCAACAUUUAAUCGAUGCCACUACGGCGGCCUUCAAGGCUGGCAAAAUUGCACAGAAUCCGUUCGCUGCUGGGCCACCAAAGCCGAAUAUUGCAAUUCCCCCGCCAACGAUGGGAAUGCCACCAAGACCUGGAAUGAUUCCUGGUAUGCCAGCUGGAGCUCCACCCCUUAUAAUGGGUCCAAAUGGUGCUCCCCUAGGUCCUGCCAUGGGUCACAUGGGAAUGCGUCCACCGAUGAUGAUGCCAAUGGGAAUGCCACCGAUGGGAAUGGGUAUGCGACCACCAAUGAUGAGCGGACCCCCUCCACAAAUGAAUCCGAAGGCGUGAAAGCUCUGAAGAGAAACAUUUUGAAUUCGAUUGUACCGUAAAAUGUACUAAUUUAAUACAUUUAUACUGAUAAUGCAA